GGCUCCCCCGGCCCCGCCGCCGCUCGCUCGGCCCCGCCGCUGCUGAAGCGGCCGCCCCAGCCCAGCCCCGGAGCGGCGAUGAGGGGCAUCCCGGGCUUAAAGCGGCUGCGGCUUAAAAUCUGCCGGCGAUGCGCCCUGCUGCUGCUCCUCCUUUGGGCUGCCUGCUGGGUGGUGGUGAGCGCUGCGCUGUUCCUCCUCCACAGGAGCGUCUUCUCCGAGCGCUGCACGGACGAGAAAAGCCACCGGAUCCUGGCCAGGCUGUGCCUCGACUACAGCAGCGGAGCCCUGACUGGGGACCUCUGUGAAGACCUGUGUGUGGCACAGAAGCUGGUGUAUAAACACUGCCUUUACUAUGACAGAGGUAAGAAGGUCAUUCAGGCUGAUUGGAGAGGCCAGCCCAUCAUACUGAAAUCCAAAAAAGAAAUAUUUUCCAGCUACCAGCACCUCAGUAUGCUAGAGGAGGUGGAAACACAGGAUAUCCCUGAAACAGAGCUUCUGCUUAUGGUAGCUUUGGAGGUCAAAAAUGCCCUGGGGCUAGAACUGUCUAACAAUACCAUGGGGCCCCUGUGGACAAGGAAGAAGGGACCACGUUGGAAAGCACAGGUGGCCAGCAUGUGGUCCUUGCUCCAGCAGGAAGAAUAUAUCUACUUCAGUUUGCUGCAGGACUUCAGCAAACAUGUGCUACGAAUUAUUGGCUCUUGUGGACACUUUUAUGCUGUGGAGUAUCUCACAGCUGGACAUGCCUGGCACAAAACUCUCUUUCCCUUGGAAAACGUGAUCGGCCCCUCCCUUACUGGACACAGAAGCAGGGUGAGAGCCAUCAUUGACAUUGCACUCAGCUUUCUGGACAUGGUGCAGCAUUUUGAUAAUGAUUUCUCUCAUCGACUUCACCUGUGCGACAUCAAACCAGAAAACUUCGCUAUCAGGCAUGAUCUCACGGUGGUGGCCAUUGAUGUGGAUAUGGCCUUUUUUGAACCCAAAAUGAGGGACAUCCUGGAACAGAAGUGCACAGGAGAUGAAGAUUGUAAUUUCUUUGAUUGCUUUUCAAAAUGCAAUCUGAAAAUCAGAAAAUGUGGAGCACAGAGAGCCAAUAACAACUUGCAAGUAAUUUGUGACAAAAUAUUUCGUCGCUGGUUUUCCCCAAAUCUCAGAGGACCACUGGUUUCCCUGCCCCUGCAGCUGCAGCUGCAGAAAGCCGUGCAGGAGUGUGCUCAGCCGGGGCACACGGGUGCCACCGGGCACCAGAGGACUCUGAAAUCACUCUCUGAGUUGUACCACCUGCUUCGGGUCACUCAGCAAGAGCUGCAAAGGGCGGAGUAGACACAAAAGGCAGAACUGCAAAGGCCACAUCCCAGUCUCUCUGCCACCCUUCCUAACCCUGUACUUUUACAGCACAGAGAUUGCUUUUCUGCUAUGCAAAUGAAGUUCACGGCUGCAGGUGCAGCACGUCCUGAUAAUACCCUAUCAAGUGUUAAAUUGCUUUACAUUACUUGGAUUCCGUUCUUGCUUAUUUUCCUGAGCCAGCACUACCCCUCUCCAUCAGCAUUCAGCACAUCCUUCUGAGCUGUAGUCACUGCUCAGAUAACAUCUGUCUGAGUGUGGAGCUCAGAGGAUGCAUUUAUAGAAGAAAAGUGCAAGUGCAGCAAAACUCUAUCAAUAAUUAAAAGAAUGGGUGGGUGGGUGCGAAUAAGUACAUGUAUGGUGUUUGUUUUAGUUUCUCUGUCAAAUUAGGGGGUUUUUUACAGUAGAGAAAGAGCAUUCUGUGUGAAAAAAAAAAUAAAAUAAAAGGGGAUCUCAGACAGGGAAAUGUGCUGUCACACAAGGAAAGAGUUGCUUUUGUACAAAGCAGUCCUUUUUGAUGUCCCCAAAUGCAUUUUCUCCAGGACAUUGCAUUACCUAUGCCAUUGCUAACUCUUUUGGGGAAAAAUUAUAUAAAGGUACUUUGGACUUUUCUAGAGCAAAAUAAUUAUACCCUUGCUGAGCUCCCAUGUGGGUACUUAUAUUCUGCAGUGAAGAGGUAUGAAUAAUGCUACUGGAUUUUCCCAUGUGAACAAGCCCUCAGGCACUUGUACAUCAGAGCACUUGAUAAGAAGCACUCCUUUGCCAGAGAGCAGAAUUGCCCAGGAAUGUCAACAAUCUGUCCUUUGCACAGAACAAUAUCCAGACCUAGAGUUUUCUUCCACGGUAUUUUUUUAAUGAACAGAAAGAAAUUUUUUUUGGUACAAAUUCAUUAUCUUGCAAUCAGUGAAUAAAGAUCUCUAGAUUAACUUAAAAAACUUCACUUUGCCUUUCAAAUGUGCAGAGCUGUGGCUGGAGAAAAUAACAUGGGUUGAGGAGACACUACAAAUGCGUAGGACCAAUAAUAGGCAAUGACCCCGUGAUCUGGUUUUGGCAUGAGGACAUUACAAACCCCACAAUCAGGAAUCCCAGCAGCCUAUGGCAGCUUGGAGCAAUCAAUGUUAAGACCAGCAAUACUGGUUUGUGGUUGUGAGACAAGUAACAGCACUUAAACUGCUCCAUCUUUAUGUCCCUCAGCCUUAUGACAGCUGUGAAGCCUGUGAGUGCUAAUUAGACAUAAACUUUCCAUUUCUGGAGUGGUUCUUUAAAGUAAAGACUGUCUGUAACCAGCAAAAUGGGAGCUGCUUAAGAGACCUUGACCCCUUAAAACCUAGCUCAAAUUUUAAGACUGAUGAUUGUGAGUUUUUAUAUAUAUUUCUUGCAAAAAGCUAUCAUAUUUUUAAAAAUCAUUCAAGCCCUCAAAAAACUCAUAGCAAGAACAGUCAGCUGCCUUGCCUGGGGCUGGAGAAGCUGCUGCUAAGCUGGAGCUCCAGCUUAGGAGCUCCUCACUGGUAAAGUUGCUCUCAGUUCACACUCCUCCUUUAACCAGGCAGGCAAAGAAUGUUUCAAUACUUUAAGAUCAUUCUUUGCAAAAGCAGGAAGGCAAAGCAGAAUAAGAAGAAACAUGAAUUUCAGGACUAGCCCUGUUACAAAGUCAUGACAUAGAUGAAGAAAAUAAUUAAGGACAGAAUCAGAUUGUGGCAAAGAAGCGUGUAUAGGUAAAGUACCAGUUAGAUAGAAGACAAGGAAAGAGAGAUGAAGGAAAAA